AUGAGCAGAUAUAAUGUUUUGAAUAAUAAUAAUAUAGGUAAUGUGUCUCAAGAUAAACUUGACAUUUCAAAGGUAAUUUUUGGCGCAGGAGUUUUCAGUAUCAGGUAUAAUCCUAUUAAGGAAGUACGGCCUUUGGAGUCAGUGCAUAAAGCAUUAAAGCUAGGUAUAAAUGGAUUUGAUACAAACCCAUAUUAUGGAAAUAGUGAAGAAAUUCUUGAUAAACUUGACAUUUCAAAAGUAAUUUUUGGCGCAGGAGUUUUCAGUAUCAGGUAUAAUCCUAUUAAGGAAGUACGGCCUUUGGAGUCGGUGCAUAAAGCAUUAAAGCUAGGUAUAAAUGGAUUUGAUACAAGCCCGUAUUAUGGAAAUAGUGAAGAAAUUCUUGGUAAUGCACUAGAGUCAUUAAGAUCAGAAUUUCCUAGAUCAACAUAUUAUAUAUUUACAAAGGCUGGUCGAUAUGGUCAUGAUAAAAAAGAUUUUGAUUAUUCUGCUAAACGUGUGAGAGAAAGUGUUAGAGAAAGUUGUAGACGUUUAAAAACUGAUUAUUUGGAUAUUGUUUUUGCACAUGAUGUCGAAUUUGUUGAGUUAGAGAAAGUUAUUGAAGAUGGUGGUAUUUUACCUGAGUUGUUUAAAUUAAAAGAAGAAGGAAUCAUCAAAUAUGUCGGAAUAAGUGAUUACAUUGAAAAGUUUAAAAAUUCAGUUAAUGUAAAAUAUGUAUUAAAUGCUUCACCACUUAGUAUGGGUCUUUUAUGUGAAAUUGAUCCUCCAGAAUGGCAUCCUGCAUCUGAGGAAUUAUGUGAAAUUGUCAAACAAUGUACAAAGAUUGCCAAGGAUAAUAAUCUCAAUAUUUCAAAGUUGGGUAUUGAUUUCUCAUUAGAUUGGGAUAAAGCUGAUGCUACAGUUGUUGGAUUAUCAAAUAUGGAUGAAGUUGAUGACGUGGUUUCAAUUUUUAAUAGAGUUAUGGCUAGGAAGAAUGGUGAAAAAGAUCAUUGUUUAUCUGAUCUGGAGAUUAAGGUUUAUGAAAAAAUUAAUCAAUUACUUUUGCCAUAUCAUAAUUGGGAGUGGGAAUCUCCACCACCACCAUCUAUUACCCUUUGA